CUAACACAGGUCACCUUGCCUCCCGCCCUUUCCAAAAUGAAAUAGAAUUUCUUCUGCGUUACAAAUUCACGGACUGAAGAUCGAAAUUGUUGCCAAGGUUGGCGCGUAUGUCGAGGUACUACGCUCCAGUUAUUUUUUGAAGGGAUAGUAUCAGAUUACGUGAUCGUGAUUCUGUCAGCACACUCGAACUACCUUCCAUCAGUCGACAAUAUUUUAAAAACUCCAAAGGUUUUUUCACCUACUACCACUGAUGCCGUCGUCUAGGACAGCUAGGAUAAGGCGAAAUUCCGUACCGGAUAGGUGCACAAUCAUCAAGUGUAUGAGGAAAACAAUAUUCACUUUUGUUUUCUUAUUGGUCGGUCUUUCAACAGGACUCAUAGGACCAAGUAUUCUAUAUCUGGAAAAGUUAGCUGGCUCACGAGAGGAUGAAACAGCUCUUGUUUUUACGUCGAGGGCCGUUGGGUGUAUUGGUGGAUGGAUAGUUAGCUGUUUAUUACUGGAUUCAGAAGGUUCUACUAAACCAAAUGAUUUACUAAGUGUUGGACUUUUCGGCCUAGUGAUAUCCAAUGGUCUUAUUAUUUUCGUUAAACAUCUUUGGUGGAUGCUGGCAGUUUUUUUUCUUCAAGGUUUAUUUGUAACAAUUUCUUUGCAAGGAUGUGUUUAUCAUCGUGAGAACGUAAAACACCGACUCCACAUUGUGCCACAAUAUUUAACAAGUGUUUUCUUAUUGGGUUGUGUAUUUACUCCAUAUUUUAUUUUAUUUAUUGAGCCAAAUUUAAAUGCCAUUACACCAUUAGAUGUUCAUCCCAGUACUACACUGAAUGAACCACAGCAGUCACAUAAGCAUAACUUCAUUUCAAACGUAUCUAAUGUAAUUCCCAUUAAAUCUGUUGAGAGUAGCAGUACUGGCAUUAGUAAACACAAUGAAAUUUCUCCACUUAUUCGUAUUCCUCGACAAAUUUCAGUUAGUACCCCACUACUGAAUAAAUCUAAUUUUGGUCUGCAAACAACACCUCAAACCACUAUGGACAUUAAUCAUCAUAAAAUAUCUACUGAUCAAUCUCACAAUUUAAAUCUAAUCAUACCUAAUUUUACGUCAACAAACGAAAUCAAUAUAAAUGAAACAUCACAUAACAUUACAGUGAACUCUUCGGUUACUAUCAAACCUACAAUCAAGAAAAAGCCGUCAGUCAAUGAUGCUAAACAUUUGAACCAAGAUAGUUCAUCUGCGGAUGGUAGUAAAGCAGCUUCUAAAAUGAAGAAACUUACUGAAGAGCGUCAAAUUGAAGAAUUAGACGAUGAUCCAUCUACUCAUAAAUCACUGACCUCUGUCGUUAAUCCAAAUAAACUUCAAAAUCCUGUAGUCCAAAACCAGUCUACUAUUACCACUACUACUAUGUUAAUGAACAUCACGAAUUUAAAUUCUACCAAACAAUCAAAUAAUAAUGAUGCUAUCUCUAAAAUUUCUACAAAUUCUUCCUCUAGCCAUCUUUCAAUUCACUUGAACAAUGUUUCAAUAGGAUUUCCACAUGACUCUAAAAUUGUUAAAGAUCAUAAAUCUAAUGAAAUUUUCAUUAAUAAUGUGAAUUCAACAAAAGAUAUUUACAUAUCUAAUGCGUCUAAACCAAUAACUAAGAAUAAAGUAAUACUUGGCAUGUAUAAUAUUACCGAUGAAGUAGGGUUAAUAACUAAUAACUCUUCUACUCAAUUCACAUUCAGUAAAUUUCCACCUGUAUUACAGUCAAACGAUAUUAUUGUAGUUAUCAAUUCAACAAAUCAUAAAUAUCAUCAUCAUCGUAUUGCUGAACACUCGUUGGAUAAAUCUCAUAAUCUGUUACCGUUUCAACAUCCAGUAGAAUCAGUUCAGAAAGUCUAUCUACUACUAAGUAUUAUUUCAAUGAUACUUUGGCUGUUGACAAUUCCAUUAACAAGUUGGUGUGAAUCGAUAUUUAUUCGUUACUUUGAUCUUCAGAUCAUAGAUGAUAAUAAUUUCGAGCUUAUUUCCGCUGGCAAACUCUCGUCACCAAGUGUGAUGCAACGAUCAGAUACUGAAAGUAAUGAAAAUCAUUCUGAAGAAGGUCUCAAAUCAAGAUUACUUGGAGGAUCAGAUGAAGACGACAGUGAGUCGGAUUCAGUUGAACUAUGGAAUCGAAGUCAUUUUAUUGAUAACAACGAACAGCUAGUCUGUCAUUCUGAUUCUGAAUUGAAUGAUGAUGGUGUUGUUCUGAAAAAUUCCUUAAUUAAAUCAUCUUCAGGAAAUAAUAUUUCUGGUUAUUCAGUGUCGAAAUCGAUGACAGUAUUAAAUCCUAAUGUUGUUGAUGAUAUUACCUCCUCUAUGACUGAUUAUUCUGUAUUUGAAACUCAUUGGCCAAGAAUUCAAUGGCCAUCAAAUUUUUGGCUGUUAUUAUCUGUGUUUCUAAAUAGUGGUUUGGAGACAACAUAUGCUGGCUUUGUUGCUAGUCUCACUAUCCGUUAUCUUCUUUGGUCUCCAACAUUAGCAAUAAUUGUGACCAGUUUGUUUUGGCUUGGUAAUCUCGUUGGCUUUUUAGUUCGCUUAUUGAUAAUCAAUAUAAAAUGGCCAGAUUUACGAGAUACUUUACCGGGUAUUUCAAACAGUCAGCUAUUAUCUAAGCGUAUAUAUUCAACUAGAAAACAUCGUCGUAAUUAUGCAAAGAAUACAAAAUCAUCAAUAAUUAUUACUAUCAUACAAUUGUGUGGAUGUUCUAUUUGUGUAACUAGUUCUAUUGCAUUAACAUAUUUAUCAAUGUCAACUGGAAGAUGUUCCACAACAUCAUCAUCAUCAUCCCUAUUAAACAUGAAUUCAUUAUCACAUCCUUAUAUAACAUGGUUAAUCGGAAGUCUUUGUUUUGGUAUUGGUAUUGGUUUAUCAUCUUCUUAUACUGGUACAUUAAUGACUAUACAUUUAACUACAAAUUUAUUUUUUUCUAAUUCAUAUCAUAUUCAAUUAGCUACAUUUUUUGGUCAAUUAUUAAUGCCAGCAUUAAUUGCUAUGCUUCAUCAUCAAGCAUUAUUUUGGCGAUAUUCAUGUGUACAUAGUAUUAGUGUAUUAUGUUUAAGUAUAUUAAUGAGUUGUUCAUUAAUUAGUCAUUUUAUCAUUGAAACUAUUGAAAAUAAACGUAAUAAUUUAUUGAAAUCAUCUAAAACUAAUCGAAACAAUAAUCAUAAUACACAUUUACAAUAUUCUAAUGGGAAAAUUACAAUACCAUAAUUAGUUUAUAUAUUCUAAUAGGGAUAGGUAAUAAUUAUCUUCAAGAAAACUGAUGAUAACUUCUUGUAAUAUUGUUAUCAUUUUGUUUAUUGCAAAUGUCUUUCAUCAAACUUGUCUUCAUGUGGUUAAUUGCUUUAACCUGUAAUAGUUUAUUGUAAUUAUAUAUAUAUAUAUAUAUAUAUAUAUAUAUAUAUAUAUAUAUAUAUAUA